AUGACUGAAAAUAAUAUAUCAGAAAAAAAUGAUAAUGAUGAUGACUUUUUAAGUGGAAUAGAUAAAUUACAUUCGAUAGUAACUGGAAAUGAUAACAAUAAUAAUAAUGGCGAAAUGAACAAUGUUGACAAACCCAAUUUAAAAUUUGCCAAUCAAAGAACAGAACCAGAUACAUUAAAAAAACUACAAGAAUCUUGUAAUUUAGCUCCAACAUACAAUAAUAGCCAAACAAUUAAUGAUAAAAAAUUAAAAGACAAACUUCAAAAAGAAUCAUCUCAAUUUGAAAACAAUCUUAAUAAGCAAAGUUUUAUAAAUAACAAUGGUACACCUUCAGAUGCUCGUAAUACAAAAAAAACUGGAAAACAAUAUAAUAAAAAAAAUAAUAAUGAUUCGAAAGCUAAAUCCUUUAUAACUAAAGAAAAUGGGGAAAAAAAAAAUUAUAAAAAAAAUUAUAUUAAUUAUAUAAAAUUAAACAAUGCAAAAUUAGAAGGCAUGGACUAUACAAGUCAUCUGGAAUUUAUUAAUCAAAAUUAUUAUUUUAAAGAAUUAAAUAAUAAAUCAAAUAAAAAAACUGAUCAUAUUGAUAUAAAUAUUUCCUAUUCUAGUAAAAGUGAAAAAUCUUUAGAUGAAACGGAUGAUGAUAGUUCUACUGAUUCUGUUGAAAAUUUUUAUGAAAAUAUUUGUCAAGAAGAUCCUUCAUUAGAAUUUUAUAAAAAUUCAUUAAGUACAAAAAAUACAAAAAAACAAUCAAAUUUUGAAAAUUAUUUUAACUCAAAAAAUAAUGCCGCUGAAGAAAUAAAUGUUUUAAAUAAUUAUAUUAAAACAUUAACUGAACAAUCACAAAAAUCUUCAUCGCAUAUGGAUAUUGAUAAUAAAUUAAUUAAUAUCUUAUCUUUGUCAUUUUUAACAUUUAUUGAUAAUGUAAUUUAUGAUUCUCAUAUAUAUGCAUUAAACAAACAAAUAACUUCAAAUACUCAAAAUGAACAAAAUACGGAUUCACAAACAACUAGUCAUAUAAAUAAUAUAAUAACAGAAAAAGAUACAUCAAAAAUUGUAAAUUCUCCAAAUAAUAUAAAUUCAGAAAAUAACGAAACAAAAGAGAAGCAAAACACUACUAAUAAUAACAUGGAAAAUAUCAUAAAAAGUAAUACUACGACUAAGAAUCUAGAAAUAUCUAAGGAUAACAAUGAAUUAAUAAAUCAUUCUAAAGAAACAUAUGAACAAAAAAAAACACAAAUUAUUUAUAACCCCGAUGUAAUUAAUUUAUGUCUAAAUAAUUUAUACAACCAAAAAUUAGUAAAUGAUAUUAUAAAUAAAAAUAAAGAGAAAAUAAAAACUGACUAUACUAACAAAACCAAUGACAAUAAUAAUAACAAAGAUGUUCAAAAUAAUGUAAACAUUUUGACCAACAAUGCAGGAAUAUAUAAUUAUCCUCAUCAUGAUACUGAUAUAAUUGACAUUCAACACACUUUAAAUCUCAAUAAUAGUCAAAACUCAUUUAAAAUGAAACUAGCCAAUAAGUUGCAACAAAGAAAGCUUAUUAUUAACAAAAUAAAUGAAAAAAUCAAACAAAAUUCUGAAAACAUAUCAAAUUUUGUAAAUUCGAAUAAUUAUUCUCUUGAAGACAUUUUUGAGUUUUAA